CCGACCAGUCCCGGCGCCCUGGUUUGGAGGUGCGCGCUGGACUAGAGGCUGUUUCGUGAGGCGGGAGGGCCGGAGGGGGGUAGGGAGUCCUGCCACCUGGCCGCUCUUCCCGCCGCCAGCGAGCGAGGUCGGUGUCCUCCUCAGUCACCUGUGCCUUCCCCAGAGGGAGGCCAGGGACUUUAAGAGCCCAGGCCGGCGCGGCGUCGUUUAGCUUCCGAAGAAGGGCGGGGGCACGGCAGCCACUCUCCGGCUUGGCGGGUUUCCCGGAGGAUGGCCGAAGAGGAACCUCUGCCGGCAGUUACUCCAACGCGCUGCAGUUAGGAGGGCGAGCCGCCGCGGACUGGACAGGCAGCUGUUUGGCGGAUCUGCGCAGCCCGCAGCGUUUCCGGAGCUGAAGGCGAGGAAUGGCAGCCCCACGCAGCAGCGCAGACUGGAUGGGCUCCCUGCCGCCGGCCCUCAGCGCCCUGCCGCUGUCCAGGCUGGCCAUCCCAGGUUCACAUGACUCCUUCAGCUACUGGGUGGAUGAGAAAUCUCCUGUGGGACCAGAUCAAGCCACGGCAGUUAAGCGGUUAGCUAAAAUUUCUUUGAUAAAAAAGCUAAUGAAGAAAUGGUCAGUAACACAAAGUCUGACAUUCAAGGAACAGCUUGACAGUGGAAUCCGCUAUUUUGAUCUCCGUGUAUCUUCCAAACCAGGUGAAGCAGGACAGGAAAUCUACUUCAUUCAUGGCUUGUUUGGAACCAGAGUAUGGGAUGGGCUUGUGGAGAUAAACACCUUCCUAAUCCAUCAUCCUAAAGAAGUAAUCUUCCUGGAUUUCAAUCAUUUCUAUGCUAUGGAUAGCAACCAUCAUAUGUACCUUAUCAGCAGGAUUCAAGAAAUAUUUGGAUCAAAACUCUGCACAAAAGAAUGUGUGGAAAAGGUGACACUGCAAAAUCUUUGGGAAAAGCAACAGCAGGCUCUUGUUUUCUACCAUCAUCCUAUCUGUGAAAUAUACUCCUUUCUGUGGUCAGGGAAUAAAAUGCCAUCACCCUGGGCAAACACAACCAAUGUACAUAAACUACUGCAGUUCUUGGAGACCACUCUGAAGGAGCGAGCAAAACAUGGAACUUUCCAUGUUUCUCAAGCUAUUCUCACACCAAGAGUUGAAACUGUUGCACGGCAUCUCAGCCGUGGCCUGAAAAACACUCUUGUUCACAGAAAUCUUCCUUUGAUUCUGAGCUGGGUGAAAUCACAGCAACCAGGAAUCAUGGGUGUUAACAUCAUCACUUCAGACUUCGUGGAACAGGUGGACUUUGCAGCUACCAUAAUUGGAUUAAAUGAUCUCCUCUUAGAAGAUAAAAAAUCCUGAUUUUUAAAAAAGUAUGAAGACAAAAUUAUCUCAGUGCAUAGAUCUAAACUGUGCUACUGCACGUCUUUCUCUGCUGCAUAUAUGGACGUUCUGCCUGCCUCUGUGGAAAUAAAGGAUGUGAUUCUGGCUGGCCAACUGGAGGCUCAACGUUGCAACACAUGGAAAUAAUCAGCAGAGGCCUCUCCGUAGACUUGCUGAGUGUGUACAUCCUGCAUAUC